UCAAGAACAGGGUCGACUUUCGUCUGCCAUUGCUUCCCAUAGGUUCUGUCACGAAUAGCUACGAUUUAUUAUCUCCGACUCAGAAUGGGUGGACAAUUCUCACCGAAAGAUCCCAAGAGAUGUCCUCACUAUGCCCGUUUCGCGGCUCAUCUCGAUAGACCCCAGUUUGACGGUAUCUACUGGACCUUCUUUUGCUCAGUCAUACUCAUCUUAUUCGUCUCGUCAUGGAUUUUUCAAUCGACGAUGAGAUACCGAGAAAAGCCGGAACAUUGCGAAAGCACAUUUAGGAGGAAGCUUAAGAUUUCUCUCGCAUGGUGCACAUCAUUGUUUCUGCUCGCCGCCAUCCUCCUAGUAUUUGAGGUCUUCGCCCUUCUGGCGCUACAAUUCUGCGACGGUGAGGACCUCAUGUCACUCUACUGGUCCACAUGGACCAUGCUUCAGCUGGGGUCCGAGAUUGCGAUCUUGGGCAUCAACUUGGCGAUGUGGCAUCACUUGUUUAAUGUCCGACAACCACUCUGGGCCCUCGCGUUGGGUACCCCUGUUCUUGUCGUUGCGGGGCUCGGCCACAUCAUUCACGUUGCUUUCCGAGUAUUCUACAAGAAGGCUAAGGAGAACAGACGGGCAAGUAGGGAGGUCCGCAGCAACACCGCUCGUAAAAUGGCAGACGUCUCCGCGUCCACCUCCACAGCCCCCAGCAUUAAGCCGGAACGCGAACACGUUGACCAGGCAAGCGAUCUAAUAGCCGGACAAACCAUGUGUUUCGCGAUAGACGUGGGCGAUGACGAACGGGUAAGGCAGUGGCCGUCUUUCGUAGGGAUGUCAGGCGGCAAGGCGAUCGUGCGGCUGACUGCGAUACAUGUCUGACGCAUCGGUUUCAUAGGGCAAUUUUGGUUACAAAUCUAAUUUAUACAUACAUUGAUAUAAUAUACGAUAUCUCUGUGACUCUCCUCCCUCUUACUCGGGAAUUGUGACCAAGCGGUGUGGCUGCGCCAGACUAUUGGGCGCCAACGUGAUAACAAGAGGCGGGAAUGCUCGCCGCGUCACGGAUCUCUUCACAGACCAUGUUCACAUGGCUGACAUGGUUGGCAACCUAGCACACCCAAGCGUCCGUCUACCCUAGCCUACCCCAGCUUGGUGGGGAUCUUCAUCGCGCCCGGACAGCCCCGGACUGGUGUUAUCUAAAGCCGGUAAAUAAAACGUCUAGGCGGGAGGAAUGAUGUGCUAUGUAUGGUACCCAGACAUGUGAAG